GUAAAUGGAAAGAUCAAGUGAACAAAAAGUCAGUGGUCUGAGAAGAAAAUUGAGUUUUGAUAAAAAACUGUGGAGAAACAUAUGAAAGUAAAAGUGAACGAAUUCUAAACAUUGUGAUAAAAAUUGUGAUUUUUCUGUUAAUUAUAUUCAACGUUACAUACUUCAAAACAAAACGAUGCCUGAGAUUAUUGAACAAUCCAAACAAGUACCUUUUGGAAACUGCCCAGUACCUCAACAAAACAAGAACCAGCAAAGCAACUUUGGCUUAUAUAGUCAUAUACGUGGUACCAACGUUUCUUAUGGCAAUGUAUCCAAUUUAACACCCGCUGUCAAAAUCUUUGUUGAGGAAUCAGUAGCUCUUUGCCAACCCGAUCAAGUACAUAUUUGUGAUGGAUCCGAUAUUGAAAACAAAAUAUUGCUGAAAUUGAUGUUGGACGAUGGAACCAUUAUACCUCUUCCUAAAUACGAAAAUUGUUGGUUAGCUCGCACGAAUCCUGCAGAUGUUGCACGUGUAGAAGCUCGUACGUUUAUUUGCACUGAACAAAAGAAUGAAAGCGUUCCUACACCAAUGGAAGGUGUAAAGGGUACUCUAGGUAAUUGGAUUUCUCCAUCAAGCUUCGAUCAAGCAAUUCAAGAGCGUUUUCCUGGCUGCAUGAAAGGACGUACAAUGUAUAUUGUUCCAUUUAGUAUGGGACCAUUGGGUUCACCACUCUCAAAAAUUGGAAUCGAAGUCACCGACUCACCAUAUGUCGUUGCUUCUAUGCGCAUCAUGGCCCGCAUGGGUGCACCAGUCCUAGAGCAAUUGAAAAAGCAAGAAGAGUUUGUACGUGCUUUACAUUCAGUUGGUAAGCCUUCCAACGGAGUUAUUGAACACUCUUCAUGGCCGUGUGAUCCAGAGCGUACUAUUAUUUUGCAUAAACCUGCUGAGAAUUUAAUAGUUUCUUACGGUUCGGGUUAUGGAGGUAAUUCCCUUCUUGGCAAGAAAUGUUUUGCAUUGCGUAUUGGUAGCACCAUAGCUAAACGUGAAGGUUGGUUGGCAGAACAUAUGCUUAUUUUGGGCAUUACCGACCCGAAAGGAGAGAAGAAAUACAUUACCGCGGCGUUCCCUUCAGCUUGCGGUAAAACUAACUUGGCUAUGUUGAAUCCAUCUCUAGCCGGAUACAAAGUGGAAUGUGUUGGUGACGAUAUCGCAUGGAUGAAAUUCGACAGUGAAGGAGUUUUACGUGCUAUAAACCCCGAAAAUGGUUUCUUUGGUGUUGCUCCCGGUACUUCUGUAGAAACUAAUCCAAUUGCCAUGGCUACAAUUUUUAAAAAUACGAUUUUUACCAAUGUGGCCUAUACCUCAGAUGGUGGUGUUUACUGGGAAGGUAUGGAGAGCAGCUUGGCUCCAGGGGUCCAAAUUACUGAUUGGCAAGGCAAACCUUGGACUAAGGACUCAGGCGAGCCAGCCGCACAUCCUAACUCUCGUUUUUGUACACCAGCUGGCCAAUGUCCCAUUAUUGAUACCCAUUGGGAGAAUCCACAAGGCGUUCCAAUCAGUGCAAUUUUGUUUGGCGGGAGACGACCAGAAGGAGUACCUUUAGUGUAUGAGUCCCGCAGCUGGGCUCAUGGAGUGUUUGUUGGUGCAGCAAUGCGCAGUGAAUCAACAGCUGCUGCUGAACAUAAGGGCAAAGUAAUAAUGCACGAUCCUUUCGCUAUGCGUCCAUUUUUUGGUUAUAAUUUUGGCCACUACGUCCAACAUUGGUUGAGUAUGGAAAACCGUGGAAAUGUUCCCAAAAUUUUUCAUGUCAACUGGUUCCGCAAAGGCUCGAAUGGAAAAUUCAUUUGGCCUGGAUAUGGUGAGAAUUCACGAGUUUUGGAAUGGAUUUUGCGUCGGUGCAGUGGAGAGCAAUGCUAUGCUGAUUCUGCUAUAGGUAGAAUACCAGCCGAGGGGGAUCUUAAUUUGGAAAGCAUGAAGGUCAACAUCGAUUACAAAGAACUAUUCUCUUUGCCAAAGGAGUUCUGGUUGGAAGAGGUAUCGGAAAUUCGUAACUACUUUGAAUCUCAAGUAGGAUCUGAUUUGCCUGAAGAUAUUUAUAACGAAUUAAACCAACUUAAAGAACACAUUGCGAAAAUUUAAAUUGUAUUGAAUACUCAGAAUUUAUUAAACUAUACUGUAUAGAGAUUUUAACUACUAUAUACGCAAAUAUUUCAAGUAUACUUAUACAUAUUUUUAACUUUAGAUAGGAAUAAGAUAUGUACAUAUGUUAGUUUGUAAUUUUUACAAAUUUUACAAUGAUGAAUAUAAGGAUUGAAAAAAUAUAUUAAAGCAUGUGCCAUAUAAUACACUUAGAAUAUAACAACA